AUGAGAGCUUUCGAAAGUAUCCGGUCGUUAGCGCGGCGCUGGCAUCACCUCCACGAUCUGCCGUUCGAGGAUGUUCCAGACACUCGAGUGGGCAUAUUGAUCGGCUGUGAUGUACCCGAGGCGCAUUGGGUUCUGGACCAAAGGAUAGGAGGCCGUGAAGAUCCGUAUGCAUUGCGCACGAUGUUUGGUUGGAUACUCUGCGGACCGCUCGGUAAUGAUGGUAACUAUUCAACCUCGAUCAACUUCAUCUCGCGGUCUGAUAAUCCCAUAAAAGACGACUUGGAGCGGCUUUACAACCACGAGUUUGGCAACAUAGCAGAUGAUCGGGUAUCUAUGUCGAGAAAAGACCGAGCAACCCUGGCUGUCGUCACCGAAACAACACGACACAACGAAACCCAGUUUGAAGUGCCAUUAUCCUGGAGAACGGGAUCCAAUCGACUGCCACACAAUCGAGAAGUAGUCCUCCAUAGGCUCAACUACCUAAACGGACGAUUAAAGAAAGCAUAUUCGAAGGAGGCCUACCGAAACGCAAUCUAG